UCUUCGCGAGCGUCGGCACCGAAAUAACACCGAGCCGAACCCGGGAGGAAACCCCGGGCGGGGCGGGAUGAGGGCUGAGCCCCUGUGCCGCUGGCUGGGAAUCGCAGGUGGGACGUUCCGGUGGAGCCGAGCCCCAGGAGCCGAGCCCCCUGGUGCCCGGGUUGGUGCCCCCGCUGCCGGCAGGGACGGGCCGUCGUGCUAGAGCUGUGCUGAGCCGUGCCUGUGCCGCGCCGUGCCCGUGCCGUACCCGCCCCCGGGCGCGCCUCCUCGGCGGCGCGGGAGGAGGCGGCGCGGAGCAUCGGCGGCACCCGGGCGGGGAUGGCGGCUCCGGGAGCGCUGGAGCCGGCGGCCGGCAGCGUGCCGGGCACCAAGGUGGAGCUCACCGUGUCCUGCCGGAACCUGCUGGACAUGGACACCUUCUCCAAGUCCGACCCAGUGGUGGUCCUCUUUGUGCAGGUCUCGGGGAGCAGCGAGUGGAAGGAGUUCGGACGCACCGAGGUGAUCGACAACACCCUGAACCCCGACUUUGUCCGCAAGUUUGUCCUCGACUACUACUUCGAGGAGAAGCAGAACCUCCGCUUCGAUGUCUACAACGUGGACUCCAAGAGCUGCUCAGUUUUAAAGCAGGACUUCCUGGGGCAAGCAUUUGUGGCACUGGGAGAGGUGAUUGGGUCCCAGCGGGGUCGCCUGGAGAGACCCCUAACGGGUGUCCCAGGGAAGCGGUGUGGGACUAUCCUGCUGCUGGCUGAGGAGCUGAGCAACUGCCGGGACAUCGUCACGAUGCAGCUGUGUGCCAACAAGCUGGAUAAGAAGGACUUCUUUGGAAAAUCCGAUCCUUUCCUUGUCUUCUAUCGUAGCAAUGAGGAUGGCACCUUUACUAUCUGCCAUAAGACAGAGGUGGUGAAGAACACCCUCAACCCCGUGUGGCAGCCCUUCACCAUCCCCGUGCGUGCCCUCUGCAAUGGCGACUACGACCGGACAGUGAAGAUAGAUGUGUACGACUGGGACCGGGAUGGGAGCCACGACUUCAUUGGGGAAUUUGCCACCAGCUACCGGGAGCUCUCUCGAGCACAGAGUCAGUUCACAGUGUAUGAGGUGCUGAAUCCCAGGAAGAAAUGCAAGAAGAAGAAAUAUGUGAAUUCUGGCACUGUGACACUGCUCUCCUUCUCCGUUGAGUCUGAGUUCACAUUCGUUGACUACAUACGGGGCGGGACACAGCUGAAUUUCACUGUUGCCAUUGACUUCACGGCCUCCAAUGGGUUGCCAUCACAGCCCACCUCACUGCACUACGCGAGCCCCUACCAGCUGAGCGCCUAUGCCCUGGCACUGAAGGCAGUGGGGGAAAUCAUCCAGGACUACGACAGUGACAAGCUCUUCCCUGCCUACGGCUUUGGUGCCAAAGUCCCACCUGAUGGCAAGAUCUCCCACCAGUUUCCUCUGAACAACAAUGUGGAGAACCCCAGCUGUGCCGGCAUUGAAGGCGUGCUGGAGUCCUACCUCCAAAGCCUGCGCACCGUCCAGCUCUAUGGUCCUACCAACUUUGCUCCCGUCAUCAACCAGGUGGCUGGGACAGCCGCCCAGGUGACCGAUGGCUCACAAUACCACGUCCUCCUCAUCAUCACUGAUGGUGUCAUCUCUGACAUGCUGCAGACCAAGGAAGCCAUUGUCACUGCAUCCUCCCUGCCCAUGUCCAUCAUCAUCGUGGGAGUAGGUCCAGCUGAAUUUGAGGGGUCGGUGUUUCCAUCCCCGGUGCUCACCCCACCGAGGCUUGGUGACACCAGCUGUCACCCCCAGCCAUGGAGGAGCUGGACGGUGACGAGGUACGGUUGUCUUCCCGGGGACGAUAUGCCGAGAGAGACAUUGUACAGUUUGUGCCAUUUCGGGAUUAUGUGGACGACUCAGGCAACCAGGUGCUGAGCAUGGCCCGCCUGGCCAAGGAUGUGCUGGCUGAGAUCCCUGAGCAGCUGCUCUCUUACAUGAAGACCCGUGACAUCAAGCCUCGCCGGGCAGAUUCCGAGUAGCUCUUCCAUGAGCCAUGGGACAGGCUGGUGGGGCAAGGAUAUGUCAUCUUUUUUCUGCCGGCGGCCAGGGCUUAACCAUGGAGAUGUCGCCCCGUUAGGGAAAUAAUCGGCUGCUAUGGUUGGUCAAAACAGGGCUGGGACCCACUUAUGGCAGUGAGACCAAGGGCUGGACAUCCUCGGCUGCCCCUUCCUACUGCCCGAUGUGCAGCAGCAAGGCGGGACUGUCCUUCGUCCGUGGCAGUGCGAGCAGGGCCAGCGCCGAGGGGGACACAGUGUGUGCGUGCGUGUGUCCCGGGAGAGCAGCCUGGCGCCUGCCCCAGGGGAAGGCUGACCCUGAGUACCUGCCGGAGGUCUCAACCCCGCUGCUCCCUGGGGCAGCGGCCUCGCCCUGCUCCUGCCUGCGCCCCGUUCCUGCCUGUACCCCGCUCCUGCCUGUGCUCUCUCCUCCGCCUCUGCCAACCCGGGCUGGCCGCCUGCCUCAUGCCCUGCCCCACGGCCGGGGCUCCCGCCGCUGGGGGCUGCCGGGGCGGAGGGCGGCGGGUCUCUGCUGCGUUACUGACUGUAAAUAAACUGCUCAACCGGG